CACCACAUUCAAAAUGGCCUCUAUCAGCGACUACGCUGGACGUAGGUCAAAAUGUGCGUAAACAAUACCGACCCGUUGCUUUGCUCUCCAUCCUCAACGUUAAAGGCAUUGGAGGAGCGAUGUCAUGAGUAUACUGCACGGGUAGAACCGGUGGGGUAUAUAAGAUGAGAUCUUGUUUUGCAGACAUCUCAGCCGAACCGGGGCGCCGCCGCUGCAGUAGCAGCAGGGCUUCAUCUGCGGUUCCGAAGCACCACCGACACCUCCAGUGAAAUGGAAAGAGUGGAGGAUGUGGUUGAACAGGGUCUUACUUCGUCUAUCGAUGUCAACGACAACCGAGAGACAAGCAAAUCACGCGUUUACGUUUCGGACCCUGAGGGUACACGGUCCGGGUGGGCCGCCGGAGAGAGUUCUGUUUACAAUCCGGGUAUGAAGCAUAGAGAUUCGAACCCAGACGUUGCUGCACCGUACGACAAUCACAUUAGGCUUGAUUUGAUAGCGGACUCUCUCUCUCCGGCGGUGGGGUGCAGGGACGGAAUAUUAAAUGGCUUUCCCGAACAGCAGGAGGCGGAUUUGGUAUGUCCGGAUGAUGACAUUUCCGACCUGACCGCAGCUGUGCGAGCAGACGGAAUGUCCGAGUCGUAUCGGGUUACCGGGUCUUCCGAGCCCGGGUGCGACUGUGCGGAGGAGGGCUUGGAUAAACCCGACAAGGGUUAUUUAAAUCCACAGCUGAGGUAUGCUGUGUCAUUUGUUGGCAAAAACUCGCCAGAUAUGAAGAUGUCUAACGGGGAUGCGAUCUACGAGCAUAUGGAUCAUGAUCGGAGUCAUUUAAAGUGUUUGGAUUAUGGACGUACUCUUCCCGAAGGUUUCAGCAGGAAGAUGGCUGCUUUAGACCGAGGCAUGAAAGUGGGGAACGGGGGGUUGUUGAUUGUCAACAGUUAUGACACGCUGUCUCCAGUGUCCUUCGGAACCUUGGGUGGCCUUCCUGCUCCAGAGAGCCCUGUCUUUGUUCAUCCAAGUGAUGGAGAGAGGUCAUGUGAAAGGAUCAACCAUGCCAGCGCGGAGCCCUCGGAGGCGGCAAGCUGUGACCCAGAUCCGGCAGACACUCUGUCAGACCUCAGUGCCAAGCUGUCCUUGUCUCCCCUUGCAGAGAAUACCAGCGAUUACACCGAGACCGACCCGAGCCCGGAGGAGGAGUACAGAGAGACGGACCCACCACUUCGUCCCCAGAAUCUGCGGACUCACCCCGGCCACACGGUCUCUCUCAGCUGUGAUGCCACUCCUUUGAGCCCCGGAGAUGAUGGGUAUUUUGGAGCGGAGGGCGGCGUUGAUGAAUGUCUUGACACUGUAAGCGCUCCAGACAAUUUCCCAGACACAUUUGGCGAUGAAUUCGAGGCCUCAUCUGACCAGUCUGUUGUUGCUAAGAGACACGGUAUCACCGAGUACCUGACCAGGAGUUUGUUUUCCUGGAAGCCCAAAGAGUUAAAGGCCACAGCUUCCCAGAGUGCUCCGGGAUGGAAGCUGUUUGGGAAACUUCCACUGCGGGACAACCCUCCCAAAGACUCCAGAACCAUCCAGCAGGAGUACGAGUCUAGGGCGGGACCCACCUCAGGACCGCUCCCUCAACCUCAGCCAAUGAGACGGAAGAAUCUAGAGUUUGAGCCUUUGUCCACCACUGCUCUCAUUCUGGAAGACAGACCUGCGAACCUGCCAGCUAAAUCAGAAGAGGAAUCUCAGAGACACAGGCAGGAAUACAGUGAGAUGGUUGCAGGGGCCAAGAGAAGGGAGUUGAAAGAGGCACAGAAGAAAAAAAGGCAAAUGAAGGAGAGAUACCGUCAAGAAGAGAACAUUGCCAACGCCAUGGUGAUCUGGAACACGGAGGUCCUGCCUAACUGGGAAAGCAUGCGUAACACUCGGCGUGUGCGUGAACUCUGGUGGCAGGGCGUUCCGCCCAGCAUCCGUGGGAAAGUCUGGAGCCUCGCCAUCGGCAAUGAGCUCAACAUCACCCCAGAACUGUAUGAGAUCUUCCUGUCCAGGGCCAAAGAGAAAUGGCGCAGCUUCAACGAACAUGAAGACUGUGGUGUGUCACUGGCAGACAGAGAGUCGAGUCUGGAUUUAAUCAAGCUGGAUAUCUCCAGAACUUUUCCCUCCCUCUACAUAUUCCAGAAGGGUGGACCAUACCAUGAUAUAUUGCACAGUGUGUUGGGGGCAUACACCUGUUAUAGACCUGAUGUAGGCUAUGUGCAAGGGAUGUCCUUCAUUGCUGCUGUUCUCAUUCUGAAUUUGGAGGAAGCCAAUGCCUUCAUUGCCUUUGCCAACCUCCUUAACAAACCAUGCCAGAUGGCCUUCUUCAGAGUGGACCAUGACCUGAUGCUGAAGUAUUUUGCAGCGUUUGAGGUGUUUUUUGAAGAGAAUCUUCCCAAACUGUUCCAGCACUUUCAGAACAACAGCUUGACACCUGACUUUUACCUCAUAGACUGGAUCUUCACUCUGUACAGUAAAUCAUUACCGUUGGAUGUGGCAUGUCGCGUUUGGGAUGUGUUUUGCCGAGACGGAGAGGAGGCGUUAUUCCGGACGGGACUCGGAAUCCUGCGGCUGUACCAGGAAGUUUUACUACAAAUGGAUUUCAUUCAUAGUGCACAGUUCCUUUCCCGACUGCCUGAAAACACACCUGCACACACACUCUUCUCCUGCAUAGCAAACACACAGAUGGUCAGUAACAACCGUCGGUGGAACCAGGUCUUCUCUGCUCUGAUGAAAGAUGGAUUCAGAGAAACAGACAAAAGCAGCAGUAGCAGCAGCCCUGCCAUAAGAAGCUAACCGCUUACAGCUAACUCUCCCAGAAAAGGUGAUGACAUUUCUGAGACUUAUAGAAGAUUAAGUCAUCUCACAGCACUUUGACCUCUGCAGUGUGUCUUGAAGAGGACCAGAACAUCUGAGGGACAUAGCUCAGGCUCUGAGCCAAUGUGCUGAAUGUACUGUUUGAAGAAUCUCCUAAUGGACCUGUCCGCUGUGGAGGGGCCACUUCUUUCGCUUGUGAGUGUGUUUGUGGUAGAAUGAGUCUGAGAAUAAGUGAAAUGUGAGUCAGGUUACCGUAUAAUGUGCCAACUUUGUCAAUGUUACUUUUGUAAUGUUGUGACUUUAAGAAAACAAACUAAUCAAAAUAAAUCAAACACACAUGCACAGUGGCCAGAGCCACAUGAAAUAAAUACUCCAUUCCAGCUGAUGUGAACCAGCGGUAGGCCUUCUGCCACACACACACACACACACACACACACAUACACACAUACACACACAGAGAGAGAGAGAGAGAGAGUCUGAACCUGAGGUACACUUUCAUUAGCGCCAUCCAAAACAGUCUGUCUGUUUGUUAUAAAUCAGUUUUUCUUCUUUUUUUACCAUCGACAACUAUGGUGAUAUUUCUUUAUUUAAUCAGUAUUUUGUCUUGUUUUCCAUAAAAAAAUAAAUCGAAACAUUCUUAAAUGAGGUACAUUUAUCUAUUAUUAAAAAUGUCAUUUUAAAUGUUUUUUCUUUUUUUUAAGCAUAAAUCUAACAAAAUGUAGUCAUGUUUAUGCAUAAAAUAAUAAGAAAAAAACAUGAGGCAAGAACAAAAAAACUUAAGCAAUGCUAUAGAAGACUUGUUUUUAGAGACUAUAUCUUCAGUAAAUUUCACAUUUUGAGGUGAAAAUAAGACAAAAAAACUUUUUCAGAAAAUAAUUUUUUGCAAUAUAGCACUCAUGACUUUAUGCUUCAGUUAUCAAAAUAAUCAGCCACAUUACUUGAAAUAAAAGGUUUGCAAACACACAUUUACAACACACUACACACAAACAACCAGCAAACAAGAGAUCAGUUUUCAAUUGUUGCAGCUUGCACUACACUCCAAAUGAAUGAACCUGUACAUUUCCAGAUUUGUUUAUUUAAAGUCUUUUUUUAUUUAAGAGCUAUGCAUCUUGUUUUUCUUUUUUUUAUUUUAUUUUUUAUCUUCCUCACUGUACAGUUUUCUUACAGUUGGUAAUGUAGUUGUCUGGUGUGAGGAAUCUUGAGUAGAUGUGAACAAAGUAUUGGACUCCUGCUUUGUUGUCUUGUCUUUCUUUCUUAGAGUUUCCUACAUUUACGCAGUGUCCUUUAUGAUUAAACAUUACGUUUUGAGGAUUUAAAGGUUAAAAAGUGCUAAGAAAAAAAAUAAAAAGGCCUGAAUGUAUUUGAGUGCAAUUUACAGAUCACUGGAAAAUACAGUGGGGCUCAAAGUCUACACUUAAAAUGGAAUAAAAAAUAUA